AUGGCACCAUUGAGCGCUUUCGUUGGGAGUCUGGGUCUUGUUGGCCUUGCCUCUAGUGCAAUUCUCCCCAAAAUCAAUAGUUAUCCCGGUCAUGACUUGGCCUUGGAUAAUCGCACACUGGAUGAAUUAUAUGCAGCAGCAAAGAAUGAAACCGGCGAACUGAUCUUUCUCUGGAGUGGAGAUGCUGUUAGCCAAGGAGACCCAGUUAUUGCUGCGUGGAAAGCUCGUUUCCCCGAUAUAAAGCUCAACCUGACUGUAGAUGUUUCGAAAUCCCAUGAUAGUCGUGUCAAUCGCCAAUUCCAGCGUGACGGUACCGAUGUGCUGAUAUUGCUGUUCUGCAAACCCUGCAUGAGGAUGGCCACUGGAAGGGUGAGGGAAGACUUCUUCCCUACAAGCCUCUUAAAUGGCAACAUGCCUAUUCCUCAUAAGGACCCCGAAGGCGCUUUCUUUGAAACCUUCAUCUUGAUUAUCGAAAAACACGGCUGGGGUUGGUUCGAGGGUCUCCAGGAGCAAAACGUGAAGUGGGUUCGUGGAACAGGCGAGCCUGCAAACUAUAUGGCAGAGAAGAGCCCAUCUCGCCCGGUGAGUGAAACUCGCGUGUUGUGGCCUCAAACUGCUGCCAUCUUUGCUACCACCCCUCGGCCGGAGAGCUCCAAGCUGUUCAUGAGCUGGUUGCUCAGCGACGAACGUCAACAACGGUUCAUUGACAACGGUAGCUACCUCACGCGGAAGGAUUUGAAGGGACAGGUUGGAAGUGUGUGGGAUAAUCCUUACACACCUCUUAUUGAGUUUGCCACUUUCAUGGAAAACCGGGACCUUGCUGAGUGGUGGCGUCUUCAAUUUGAGUCCUCUUGGUGUCGCUAA